AAAUUAAAUAUGCAUGUUAGGUUUUCAAUAUCAAAUGGAUUUAUUUCCUUUUCCAUGUCCAAGAUGAACUUCGUUUCCCUUGCAAAAUCAAUCCCUGAAAAUCCCAAAGAUCAGAGAAGAAAACCCAUCAAACAAUUUUGUUUGAGAUGGAAGCUGAUGUUUCCAUUAUCAAAACCCUGUGUUUUCUCUCUGUAGGAAGCAAUAGUUUUGUGGGUUUUUCUUCGUUUUAAUUUUUACUUUUUGUGGGUUUUAUCAAAUUUGUGGGAUUUGGGUUAAAGAGAUGGUGAAAAGCCUGGGGCUGCUGUCCUGCUGCUCUUUUCUCUCUCUAAUGGUUUGUGUGGCUGUGGGCAACGUCUUGUUGAUUGGCAACAACGUCAGCUUGUCUUUCGAUGACAUCGAAGCCAACUUUGCUCUUGCAGUAAAAGGGUCGGGGGAAUGUGGCACGUUGUAUGUGGCGGAGCCUUUGGAUGCAUGCUUGCCCUUAGAUAAUAAGGUUAAUUCAACUGCAAAGGGCACUGGUUCCCCAUUUGUAUUGAUUAUUAGAGGAGGAUGUAGCUUUGAGGAUAAAGUUAGAAGAGCACAAUCUGCUGGUUUCAAAGCAGCCAUUAUCUAUGACAAUCUAGAUGCUGAUUUGGUGGCAAUGGCAGGAAAUUCAGCUGGUAUAAAAAUCCACGCUGUGUUUGUUUCCAAGGCGACAGGCGAAGUACUCAAAAAGUAUGUUGGUGUUAGCAACGUGGAACUGUGGAUACUCCCAAGUUUUGAGGACUCAGCAUGGUCAAUCAUGGCCAUAUCUUUUAUUUCCUUGCUUGCCAUGUCUGCAGUGCUUGCUACUUGUUUCUUUGUUAGAAGGCAUCGAAGAAGACGAGAAAGUCCUCGCUCUUCACAUGCUCAUGAAUUCCAUGGGAUGAGCAGUCGUCUUGUGAAAGCAAUGCCAAGUCUAACAUUUACAGCUGUUGUAGAGGAUAAUUGCACUUCAGCGACAUGUGCUAUAUGUCUUGAAGAUUAUACCAUUGGAGAAAAGCUCAGAAUACUGCCAUGUCGUCACAAAUUUCAUGCCUUGUGUGUGGAUGCUUGGCUGACCACAUGGAGAACCUUUUGCCCCGUUUGCAAGCGUGAUGCUAGAACUAUCAUAGGUGAUCCUCCAGCUUCGGAACGGACACCAUUACUUUCAUCAAGCCCCGCUUCCUAUGCUUCAUCUUCAGUGCUAUCAUCUUUCAGAUCAUCAUUAGCAUCAUCUUCAGCCAUACAAAUCGCCCCGCCUUCAUCUCAAUCCCCUUCAGUUUCUCGUAUCCAUUCCGUGGCUAGCACUCCUUAUCUGCAGCAGUCUUUUCAAACCUACCACCAAUCCCCUUACUUAAGUGCAAGCCGAAGCUCGUUAGACCUCAGAAAUGCGUCUUCCCAGAGAUCAUAUGCUUCCCAUUUGGUUUCUCCUCAUUCCACCGGCUACCCUUCUGUAUCACCGCUGAAUUCUAGAUAUAUGUCUCCAUAUAUCCCUAGUCCGGGCAAUGCUUCACCGCUGAAUUCUAGAUAUAUGUCUCCGUAUAUCCCUAGUCCUAGUCCGGGCAAUGCUUCACCGCUGAAUUCUAGAUAUAUGUCUCCAUAUAUCCCUAGUCCGGGCAAUGCUUCUAGUUAUUUUGGGUCAUCUAGUCAUCAACCACACCCGUUGCAUUGUAGCGAGUCAGCCACAAGCUUUUCUCCAUUUGCUUCUGCUCAAUCUCUUCCGGGAUGCUGAUUGAUUCAAGCUUUACUGUAUCAGAUCUUUGUGGAAGUUCUGCUGUAAAGAGGUGAAGACGUUGUGGCCGAGUUCUUUUCACCUCAACUGCAGUCCUUUAGACAUCCACUGUCAAUUGGUUCCAUCCGAUAGGGAAAAGUGAAUUGGUUAAUGCGAGAAUACUCCAAAGCUGAUGUGUUUCACUUGUUUGUACAGCAUAGCAUAGGGCUUGUGUUAAUUUGUUUGGUUAAAGGUGAUAAAUUAUGGCUCAUAUACUCGAGGUAUCUCAUAUUUCAUAGUACAGUGUAGUGGGUGUUUGAGUUUCAUGCUUUGGUUGUUUCUGUUUUGGUAAUUGGUGUACUGAAUUUAUUAUUGACCAGAA